UGGCGCUCUCACCUCUUCGGCCUCCGUCCGCCGGACCCUAGGGGCGGGGCUUCUCCGCGGCUCAGCAGCCGCCGCCAGCUGCGCUCUCGGGUCUGCAGGCUUUUUCCCCGUUAUGCCACCGCCGCGGGGUGACGUGACCGCCUUGUUCCUGGGGCCUCCGGGCUCUGGAAAGUCCGCGCUGAUUGCAGCGCUGUGCGACAGGAAUGUGGAGACGAUAGAGAUCCCCGAGGGACGGCCAUACUCCGGCAUCCCCAGCCUGCGAGCUGCGGGCCCCGGCCUCUUUCUGGGCGAGCUGAGCUGCCCACCCGCAGCGCCAGGGCCCUGGGCGGCGGAGGCCAAUGUGCUGGUACUGGUUCUGUCCGACCCCGCGGGGAACGGGGAGCCCUUGGCCCCAGCGCUGGGAGAGGCAGCGCGGGCCGCCCUGGCCCGAGGGACCCCGCUGUUGGCUGUGCGGAACCUCGGUCCUGGGGAUUCACAAAAUGAAGACCAGGCCCGGGAUCAGACAGCGGCCCUGCUGGACAGCGCGGGGUUGGGGACCGCGGCUCUCUUCGUGCUGCCGGCGGACUGCGGCAGCAGAGAUGACUGUAAGGAAUUGGAGCGCCUGCGGGUGGCGCUGCAGAGCCAGGCGGAGGUGUUGCAGAGGCUCUUGCCACCGGCUCAGGAUGGCUUCGAGGUCCUAGGUGCAGCAGAGCUGGAGGCUGUGCGGGAGGCCUUUGAGACGGGUGGCCUGGAGGCGGCACUGUCGUGGGUUCGCGCUGGCCUGGAGCGGCUGGGCAGCGCGCGUCUGGACCUGGCCGUGGCCGGCACGGCUAAUGUGAGCCUCGUGCUGAACACGCUCCUUGGGUUGGAUGCUGGUGACCCGGAGGCCGAGUCUGUUUUCAUGCCCCCGGGGCCCACGCCCUACCCGGCCCCAGAGCGUCCCAAUGUGGUGCUCUGGAAUGUGCCUCUGGGCUCCUCGGGCAUUGCUGCCGCCCCCCAUCCGACCCACUACGACGCCCUCAUCCUCGUCACCCCGGGAGCGCCCACUGAGAAGGACUGGGCUCAGGUUCGGCCCUUAGUGCUGCCAGAUGCACCGCUGGUCUGCGUGCGAACAGAUGGCGAGGGCGAGGAUCCAGAGUUUCUGGAGGACGAGGGAAAGGCCGAGAAGCCCAGCUGCGAGAGCUUAGAGAACGCUAGCGGAGGGGAGUUGAAGAAUGCACGUGGGGAGGGAAGGGAGAAACGUGGCGCUGGAUUGCAGAAAGAUAGCGGGGAAGGUUCCGAGAAAGCAGGCAGCGAGAGUUUGCCGCGUGUUGGCGGUGGCGCGAAGAAAUCGGGCAGUGGGGACUCAGGGCGCGCGGCACUGAGCCCUGAGGAUGAGACGUGGGAGGUGCUGGAGGAGGCGCCGCCGCCCGUGUUCCCCCUGCGGCCGGGCGGACUCCCCGGGCUCUGCGAGUGGCUGCGGCGCGCGCUACCCCCGGCCCAGGCGGGGGCGCUGCUGCUGGCGCUGCCACCCGCGUCUCCCCACGGGGCCCAGAUGAAGGCUGCGGCGCUGCGGGCCGGGGCGUGGCGUCCGGCCUUGCUGGCCAGCCUGGCGGCGGCGGCCGCGCCCAUACCUGGGCUGGGCUGGGCCUGCGACGUGGCGCUUCUACGGGGUCAGCUGGCCGAGUGGCGGCGGGCGCUGGGGCUCGAACCCGCGGCGCUGGCGCGACGCGAGCGCGCGCUAGGCCUGGUUCCGGGGGAGCUGGCCGAGCGGACGCGCUUCCCGGGCCCGGUGACGCGCGCCGAAGUGGAGGCGAGGCUGGGCGCGUGGGCCGGCGAGGGCACCGCCGGGGGCGCAGCGCUGGGAGCGCUCUCCUUCUUGUGGCCCGCGGGCGGCGCGGCGGCCACCGGCGGCCUGGGUUACCGCGCGGCGCACGGCGUCCUGCUGCAGGCCCUCAACGAGAUGCAGGCCGACGCCGAGGCGGUGCUGGCACCCCAUGUGCCCGCGCACUGAGGGGUGGGAUGAGGGCCAGGGCUUCCGGGCCCCCAGCGUCCCAGCUGCUUGGCUCCGCCAGGGGCUGAGGACUCCAAGUCCCGGUUAGAGGGAGGGAGGGGGGGUUAGGGGUCCAGACUCUGGCAUGGGAUGUCUCCGCCACUGAGGUGACAGCGCUGGGGGCCACCGCUCAGAGUCCCAGAUGCUUGCAGGGGAUGAGGGCUCUGACUGCUGAUUGAGAUGUGUGAGUUUUAGUCACCUGAGUUCCUGGAUCCUGACGGGGAAUAGUCUGGGGGACAGGACUCCUGGUUUCCCCGGGGACCACAGGGCAUGACACCAGACUGUGUCCUGAAGGAAACCGAGGGGUUGGGCUCCUGGAAGGGGUUAUAUCUUGGUCCCCAAGGGAAGGAAAGCCGGAUCUGUUGGUCAUCUAGCCCUCUGGGGAGGGAAGAGGUGAAAGCCUGGACUCGUGCGGAGGAGGGUCUCCGGCCCACUAGAGAUUCCAGUAUGGAGGAAGGGGUCCUGGCCGCCCAGGGAGCUGGAAUCUUUGGACUCCUGAGCCAUGCGGGGGUAUAGGGGCUAGGCUUCCUGGAGGAAGUGGCCCUGCAUCCAGCAUCCGGGCUCCUCAAGAGGCAGUGGCUUUGAAUCUUCGUUUGGGUCUCACACUCCUGGCUCCCAAGAGGGCGGUCGGUGGACCUUGGUUUCUGAUUCCUGGGUGGUGGGAGGUCUCCAUCUACAGGGGAGAAGGGGAGGGGCUGUGGGAAAGAGCUGGAGAACCUUGGAGAGCCCUCUAUUUCCUGGGGGAAUAGAGAGAUACCUAAUAUUGCCUAGUGACCCAGAUUCCUUUCCCAGCUGUUGUGGGGAGGAUGGUCCCACAAAAAUGAGGGGGAGAGGCCUGCGGGUACCCAGAGACCUGGAAUGAGCCCUUCUGGGUGCAGAGGGGCAGGGCCAUACCUCAGAGGCUCUCUCACCAAUCCCUUAGGGAUCGGAUCCCGGCAAUUGCCUUUCUCUGCGUGAGUUUGCCUGAGGAAGGGACAUGACUGUCCCCAUUUUAUAGGUGCUGAGUGAUUCAGGGGAUCUUUGGGGAGUCUCUUCCUUUGUCCCUCCCUCCUCUAGUGAUUUCUAUCUCCCUUUGGUCUUGAUUCCUUCUGUCACUAAACCUAACCCUUUCUGGCCUUGGUAUUUUGUACUCCUGCCUUUUUGGGCUAAAGCAGCCAUAGUGCUGCACCAGUCCAGACACUUCUGUGUUGGCUACCUCAGGUGUCCCCAAGAGGCUGUGCCUUCUGGUGCACACAGAGUGCUGCGGAGAGCAGGAGACCCACAGAACAGCUGGGUCGCGUUCCAGACCGCAGGAGUGCGCCGUGAGCGAAGCAAAGGCAGAAACCUUAGUGCCUAGCUCUGUUCUAGACUGCCAACUAUGAGUAGAAAAGAUGCCACAGGUCACAGUUCUUCAGUUUCAAAAACCAGGGGGGACCUUAGAGGCCAUUCGGUAGAAUCUCUUUUACGAGGGAUGGGGAGAAGAGCAGAGCCCAGGGAGGGCAGGCUCUAGGCCCAACAGCACACAGCAAGGUCCUGUGUGGUCUGGCCCCUGCCUAUUUGAAUUCCCUGCGCACACCCCAGCCCCCAACCAGCCUGAUCUUCCUUCCAGUGCCUGGGUGGGCCACAUCGGGUCCUACCCCAGGACCUUUGCAUUUGCUCUUCUAUCUGCCUAGAAUGCUUAGCCCCCAGAUCUUCCCAUGACUGGUUUCUUUUUGUCAAGCAGGUCUCAGCUCAAAUGUCCCCUCAGAGAGAGGCCUUCCCUGACCACUGUAGCUGACGUAGCUCACACAUCCCCAUUACUCAGCCAGUUGAUAUUUCCCUUGUAGCAAUGAUUACUGUAGAAAAUUGCCUUUAUUUAUUUAUUUAUUGACCUGUUUAAUAGCUAUGACCCUCUUGCCUGCCCUGUCCUCUGCUGUAACCCCAGUGCCUAGAAGAGUGCUUGACACACAGUAGGUGCUUGUAAAUAUUCAUUUUAAUUCAUUAAUCCGCGGCAGGCUGGGAUGUGGAUUGUCGGCCUCUUGCCACAGGACAGGGAAAAUGAGCGAGGUGGGGGAGAGAGAGAGAGAAACAAGGAGAGAAAACUCCUGUCUGAGGUCAGGGGAUCUGGAAAGCAAGCCCGGCUUUGCCACUGUCGCUCUGGGUGACUUGGACCUUUGCUUUAUUUUCCCAUCUGUGAAAUGAAAGGGGCAGACGAGAACCGUAAAUACUUCCAAGAUCUUAUUUCCUUUGACGGCGGGAGAUAAGGGUGACUGCUCCGAGGGGCACUUGGGAGAUGGGACCCCUGUGUCCAGCUUGAACCCUUCCUGGUGACACAGUUUAUCCCAUCAGUGUUGAGAUGGCCAUGGGGCGUCUGGCUGGCUCAGCCAGGUAAGCGUCCAACUCUUGAUUUCAGGUCCCACCUCGGGCUCUGCACUGACAG